AUGUUUCAGAGAAACAAACCACUGGCUGCUAAGUUUAGUAUUAAAACAACAUCAUCAUUCUUCCUAGUACUGUAUUCAAGUGUGAUCCUGUUUUUUACUUUGACAUGCUUUUCUGCUGAUCCCGAUCCGCUCCAAGACAUUUGUGUUGCUGACUUGAAAUCCAAAAUUAAAGUGAAUGGGUAUCCUUGCAAGCCGCAGUCUCAAGCAACAUCAGAAGAUUUCUUCUAUAGUGGCUUGGUGAAUGGAGCAAGCACAGAUACUCCCUUCGGUUUUGGAGUGAAACGUGGUGAUGUUAAAAACUUUCCUGGGUUAAACACCCAAGGACUUUCGGUAAACCGAGUCGACAUCGCACCUGGCGGAGUUAUUCCAUUUCAUGUGCACCCUCGAGCAAGUGAAGCUAAUUUUGUCUUAAAAGGGGAAUGCCUUGUUGGGUUCAUAACUACUCCUGAUACUGAUACUGUUUUAUACUCAAAGGUUCGGAAAGUUGGAGAGUUGUCUAUUAUUCCCAAAGGACUUGUGCACAUCGUAGUGAACGUUGGAUGGGAGAAGGCUGUUCUGAUAGCUAUUUUCAAUAGUCAACUGCCCGGGAUUGCCGAAAUUCCUAAUAACCUCUUUAAUUCUACCCCACCGAUUCCCGAUUAUAUUUUGGCUAAGAACUUCCGUGUUGAUGAGAAGAUCAUCGCAACCAUAAAGUCUAAAUUUAGAAACCAAAACAAAAUAGCUAAAAUCUAA